UCAAACUGACACAGCAUAUCUAUUGUUUAUUUAUGUUUACGUUAUGCUGUGCAGUGACGAAGAAAUUGUUUAAAGUGAAAAGUGCCUUUUUUGUGAAUUAAUCGGUGAAUGACUUCAUUCAACCAGGGUUGUUGUGCUAUUUGGCAACAAUCUUUCCGAUAAAGAAUGGCCAAUAGCGAACCCAUAACGGUUCCGGGACACCGUGAUAAUCAUCUUGCCUAUGCAAGAUGCAAUCAGAUUUGGCCAAUUUAUGCAAAUUGGGCGAUCCCCUCCCAACAGCUCCACAGGUGGAGUGAGAUGAGGGCAUAUUGGUGUAACCCCUCGCCUCCCGCUCCGAUCCUGCCAGUGUUGGUAUGGAUCCCCGUAAUAAAUCAGGUGUUCAUCCUUUCGGCGGUGAUUGCACCAAGUGACGGGGGGCAAAAAGUAAUCCCGCACAGCACCGGGAAGUGGACAAUCUGCCGUAGGUAACAAAAUAGAAAAGAUUGAGA